CCUGCCGUUAGCCGUUGUUGUAUCCAAUGCUAGCGAACAAGAUAUGUGGCGAUACCAACUAGCUUCGCUCUCUGGCAAUAAAGCCACGAAAAGAUGCGCCUUCACGGGAUUAAAACAAUAAAACAAACAGCGAGAAGUCUGGAAAAACUUUGCCCAACUGUGCCCAAACUUCCCGUCAGCUUUUUUUUUGUUUUUUUUUGCGUGUGUGUGUGUGUUAGCCUUGUUUUAAUCUCGCCACUAUUACCGCCGCCGGACGCGUUUUUUUUUUUUUUUUCUUCUCCAGUCUGAUGAAUUCACCGAAACAAGACGGAGACGACGAUGUGCCCGUUAAAGACCCCGUAAAAUACGGAGAAUUGGUCAUUUUGGGGUACAAUGGCUCUCUUCCGAGCGGAGACCGCGGGCGCAGAAAGAGCCGCUUCGCUCUGUACCGAAGGGCCAAGGCCAACGGGGUCAAACCCAGCGCCGUGCACAUCCUCAACACGCCGCAGGACAGCAAGGCUGUCCACAGCAGGGGGCAGCACAGCAUCUCUUUCACGCUGUCUCGCAACCAGACGGUGGUGGUGGAGUACUGCCAUGACAACAGCACAGACAUGUUCCAGAUCGGACGCUCCACAGAGAGUCCCAUUGACUUCGUGGUGACUGACACCUCCGGAGGGGGGAAGGAGGGGGAGGACCCCUCUAUCGCUCCGAGCACCAUCUCACGCUUCGCCUGCAGAGUGGUGUGUGAGCGCAGCCCGCCGUACACCGCACGCAUCUACGCCGCUGGCUUCGACUCCUCCAAGAACAUCUUCUUAGGGGAGAAAGCAACCAAAUGGAAAAACCCCGACGGGCACAUGGACGGGCUCACCACCAACGGGGUGCUGGUGAUGCACCCGGAGGGGUUCCCAGAGGACCCCAAGCCGGGUCUGUGGAGGGAGAUCUCCGUCUGUGGGGACGUUUACGCCCUGCGCGAGACUCGCUCCGGACCCACCCGGGGAAAACUGGCGGAGGGUGAGAGCAGCGCGCUGCGUGACGGUUCCCUGGUCGACCUGUGCGGGGCCACCCUGCUGUGGCGUACAGGCGAGGGGCUCAUGCGCGCCCCCACCCUGCGCCACCUGGAAGCACUUCGCCAGGAGCUCAAUGCGUCCCGGCCCCAGUGUCCUGUAGGCCUCAGCACGCUGGCCUUCCCCAGCCUGCCACGCAGCCACAGCCUCGAAGAGCGCCAGCCUUGGGUCUACCUCACGUGCGGCCACGUCCACGGACGCCACGACUGGGGCCAGAGAUCCGAGGGAGUGGCGGAGCCGCGAGAGGGCGAGGGCUCGACGACCCGCCGAGAAUGUCCCCUGUGCAGGAGCGUGGGCCCCUACGUGCCCCUGUGGCUGGGCUGCGAGCCGGCCGUGUACCUGGACGCCGGAGCUCCCACUCACGCUUUUGUGCCGUGCGGCCACGUCUGCUCGGAGAGGACAGUCAGGUACUGGGCGGAGACCCCGCUCCCCCACGGGACGCACGCCUUCAGACCCGUCUGCCCCUUCUGCUCCGCCGCCCUCGGCACCCCCGGCUGGACGCGGCUCAUCUUCCAGGGGCCCAUCGACUAGCCCCGCGACCCCCUCAGCAGCCGCGAUCGCAGUAACGGCACGAGGCCUGAGCUCCAUUCGCGUUCCAAUCGUCGGUCAGUGUUCAGCACGUGAGAGGUCGUUGAUUAGGAGUGCGUGUCAUUUGUUUUUUAAACGUUCUAGCAGCAGGUGUGUACGACGAACACUGUCCUACGUUGUGACCGGGUGGAGCCCAGAGCCGAAGCCCUCAUUUAUCCCUCGGUGCUUGUUGAUUGGUAGGAGAUCUGGAGAAUAAUCAACGCUGUCACGUGGACGGUAUUUUACUCUAAAUGAUCCUCUUGUCAGGGGAAGAUUCUGCUGUUUUUCAUUCCAACGAAACGCUCGCUUAUUUCCCCCCCGACGUCCUCACAAGUCACACGAUUCAUACGCAGGAGCUCAAACCGAAGCUGCUCGACCCCCUUUUUAAAAAAAAUAAAAAAUAAAUAACUUUCACUCCCAAUCGUUCGAUUGACAAAGCGAUCCUAACAACCUUCAUUUGUACGUCUCAGAAGCCGCGUCUGAAACGACGAGUAGCUUUUUUUUAAUUCUUUUUUUUUUUUUUGCACAAAAGAAAAUGGAACGGUCUUUUUACUCCGUUCACCUGCAGCGUCUCACCGGCCUGCGGCGCCCGUGUGUCCUUAACUCGGUGAAACGCCACCUCUUGCACUUCUCGGGCCCCGAUGUCCGACGUCUUCUUAAUUUCUCACCGUAGCUGUUGUGAAAUGCUGCCGCUCGUCGAACAGUACAACCCAUCAUGGUCUCAGCUUAUGCACACACACACACACACAUAAGAAACACAACAACACCUAGUCUCUUUUAUAGAGUUGCACCCUGACCUGCCCGUCUUCCUUCCUGAAUGACCGUCUGGUUUCUAUUCAUUGCCGUGUUCCCAGCAGGCAGUUUGAACUACUCGGAGGUGACAAGGUGAUGCAUCAGACCCCAUAAAUGAGACUCCUCGUGUCGUUGUGGUUGGAAUGAAAACCUGCAGACUCUUUUGUGACCUCCUGAAGCUCCGGAGGGAACACGACACUACACGCUGUGUGUGUGUGUGUGUGUGUGUGUGUGUGUGUGUGGCAAGGAUAGGCACCCGAAAACCGGGUGAAAUCCACUUCAUAACUCUCUACAGCAAUAAUAGCGAGUCCCCGUACAGAAGCUGGAUGUUGUGCUGCGUUCAGGCGUUCGGUCGGUGAACACGGCUCAAACGGUUUUCCAGGUUAAGGGCUCAACCAGAGGCGUGUUCAUUAUCAUGGUUUUAUUUUAUUUCCAAUGUGUGUGUGUGUGUGUGUGUGUGUGUGUGUGUGUGUGUGUGUGUGUGUGUGUGUGUGUGUGUGUGUAACCAAAGCAUUAGAAUUUAAAGACGAGCAACUGAAUCGGUGAUGAAACACCCGACAUUUAUUUAAAUACUCGGAAAACGCUGUUAUUCUGAACACACUUCUGGUUGCCGAAUUUUGCUAAGCAGGGUCCGUGUUCGCAUGGUGGAGCGUUUUCAAAAAAGUUUUGACCUUGCAUAACCUCAAAAGAUUAAAAAAAAACUAUUUUGUUAGGGGGUG